AUGAAUGAGGAUUUGAUUAACAGUGCCGUUAGUUUCCUCAAGGAUCCUAACGUGGCACUGUCGCCACUCAAUAAAAAGGUUGAGUUCUUGGAGACAAAAGGACUUAACGAACAUGAGAUCGAAGAAGCAUUGAAAAGAGCCAACAACGACUCUUCCUCUUCUUCCUCGUCGACUCCAUCAUCUUCUCAAACGCUAACUCCUUCCAACUCCCAGCAACAGGGUCCUCCUCCAGUGCCAUAUGACUACUAUGGAAUGGCGCCCCAGCCACCGGAAAGAACAUGGAAAGACUAUUUCAUCAUGGCCACUGCCACGGCUGGUGUUACUUACGGAUUGUAUCAAGUGGUUUCACGUUACUUGAUUCCUAGUAUCAUUCCACCUCUGCAGAGCAGAGUUGAUGCUGAUAAGGAGGCGAUCGAUGAGGAGUUCAUCAAGAUUGACAAGGUGCUCGAACAGAUGGGCGCUGAACAAAAGGAGAUCAAGGAUGCUAACGAGAAGAAGCUCGACGAGAUCGACGUUGUUAUAGACAACAUCAACGACUUCUUGUCCAAGUACAAUAAGGAUAAGUUGAAGUUUGACGAUGACUUGAGGUUGAUGAAGCUCGAAGUGGACAAUUUGCAGAACAGUGUGGAGAAGAACAUGAAGUUGACCAAGGACAACAUUCAAGAUGAGCUUAGUGAAAUCACCGAGGAGCUUGGAUCAUUGAAGAAUUUGAUCAAGGCUCGUAGCGGUGCCAACGCGUCAUCUGAAAACAGUGGGCCCCGCAAGGUGGCACCAGUCUCUUCGAUCCCAUCCGCAUCUGAGAUCUUGAAGAAGGCCAAGGCCAAGAGCACCAACAACGCACCAACCACAGGCUCCAACACCUCGUCGCAGCCUAACAGCGGCGAGCACAGCAAUCAAAGCAGCAAUAUCACUUCUCCAGUCCAGAACUUCGCUACUACGCUGAAGGAGACGAGACCAUCCACUCCAGGUAACAUUUUCGCAGCCGGUAUUCCAGAAUGGCAACUCAAGCACAAGCAGGCCGAGGAACAGGCCGAGAAGAACAAGGAAGAGGAUAAGAAGCAAGAGGGGCCAAACACGCAAGAAGGUGAAGACGACGAACAAAGCCUGAUCCCAGCAUGGCAGCAGCAGGCCUUGAAGGAAGGUAAUGACGACGAAGUGGUAAAGAAGUCGAUCGAAAACGUGGGUGUCCCUGCGUGGCAACUAAGCGCCGGAAGCUAG